AUGGAAACCACAACAGUUUCACGCCCCGCCUCAUCGCCACAACUGUUUCGGCUCCUGAGCCAAGGCGCCAUGCUCGUCUCCAUGAUGGCCACCCUCAUCUUUUCGCUCUUCUGGACCAGCACUGUAUCUGAACACCAGAGCGAGCAGGAGCCCCUUUUGGAAGACAAAAAACAGCAGCAGCAGCAGCUACAGCAGGAGGAACAUGAGUCCGAUACCGAGCAGUCGGACGAGGAAAUCCAGACCCCCACUGUCUCCCUGUUCCCCUCCAUCUCCAAUCUCCAGAAGCUCGACGACGAUACAAAGUCCCCCAAGCCCUGUGCCACAGACACCUACUUUGGUAUGCUGCCCAUGGUCAACCCACAGGGCGACGUUGUGGGAUGGGACGUGUGUGACAACACCGCCGCUCUGCAGACCUCGCAGAUGCCCUUUGACCUCGACAUGAUGUACUCCAUGGACUCUCUCAGCGACUUUUCCUCCGUGCCCGACUCCUUCUUCAUGGGUGGAAUCAACAUGCCUGUCGCCGACGCCAAGCUCAUGCGACGAGCAGGCCCCGAGCGAAAGAGAUCGUCCGUCACUUCCUACACUCCGUACGAACGACGACCCAGUGUCAAGCAGCAGCAGAUUGUCGCUCAGCAGCAGCAGCAACAGCCCCUGACCCAGGACCUGCUCUUCGACCUUGGCGACUUCCCCUCUGCCGACGACCUGUCUCCUCUAUCCCACUCUUCCUACACUGAGUCUACCCUCUCAUCGCCCAAGUUCCAGAUGCCCAUGGGUCUUCAGCAGCAGCAGCAUCAGCAGAUUUCUCAGCAUCUGAACAACACCCAGCAGAUGCGUCAGCAGGUGUCUCAACAGCAACACAUGACUCAGCAGCAGCACAUGACUCAGCAGCAGCAGCUCUUCUACACCGAGUCUCCUCAGUCGGAAGCUCUGGACUUUGAGACCUUUGACAGAGUCGACCGGUUUUCAUCGUCGUCGUCUUUGGAGUCCCCCCAGGCUCUCGACUACCUGGUCCAGGAGCAUGCUCCUGUCGCCACCAUGCAGCAGCCCCAGCAACAACCUCAGCGCCUGGAACAGCCCCAGCACAUGGAGCAACCCCAGACCCACCAGACACAGCCUAUCGACUUCUACCAGAUUUCUUCUCAACAUCAACAGCAACAUCAGGCCCCCGUCGUCACCCUGUCGCCCCCCGCGUCGUCUCGAUCUUCUUCUCCUUACUCGGUGUCCAACUCUGGCUCCGCUGGUGAGGAGGGCGACGACGCCCCCAAGUUUGUGUGUCCUCACUGCGAUUCCACGUUCCGAAUCCGGGGAUACCUUACCCGACACCUCAAAAAGCAUUCUGAGAAGAAGGCCCACACAUGCCCCUUCUACGACUGCACCGCCGAGAUGCCCUGCCAUCCAUCGGGCGGCUUUUCACGACGAGACACUUACAAAACUCAUCUCAAGGCCCGGCAUUUCAUCUACCCUCCUGGAACCAAGUCUGCUCAGCGAUCGACUACGUCCGGCACCUGUUCGGGCUGUGGCGAGAUGUUUGAGUCCAACGAGACCUGGAUUGAGGAGCACAUUCAUAAGGGAGUGUGCAAGGGACUGCCCGACUUUGAUGGCGUUCCUGGACGGGUUUGUGCCGAGUAA